UCAUAGAGCUGCGCAAGCUUUGUACAUGAAAUACUUAAUUUAAUGAUAUAAACUGGAUUAUAGGGGGUGGAUUUGAUGCAUAUUAUAGGGUGUAGAUCAGAUGCAAAUACAGUUUGCAACAAAAAGGCUCAAUUCUUAAACCUUAAGACAUUUAUUUCAGACUAAAACGAUUGAUAGACACAUUUUAAACUAAAAAACCUUUAGACAAUGUCUCUGGCAAACUUGUUAGACGAGUACAAAAGUAAAGUUGAAUGCAGCCUUAAUAAGUUGAGGGAAGCAACAGAUAGUGAUGAUGAAGAAGAGAAUCCAUACUUUCCAAAUUUUGAAGUAAGUCCAAGGAUGUCGUCAAUGAUUUCGCUUAUAAAGGAUACCAAGAUUAUUUACUUUACUUCGUGUUUGAAGGGAUUUUCUGAAGAAGUACGAGAGAAGCACCAAAAAGACAUGUCCGACUACAUCAGUAAAAAUAAACAAAUCCUGGGGGUUCUGUGUGAUAUUAUUGUGGAUCCGCCUCAGCCAAACUGCCCUUUUCUUGGCGAGUUGCAGAUGAUGUCCUUACAACUGGUAAUGAAUCUGACGGACAACUCGGAGGAUUUGUGUGAAGCUGUUUGUCAAAUACCAGAAUAUCUUGGCUAUUUAAAAGGCAUUUUGGAUGAUAAUGAACCCGAUGAUGACGAAAUGUCAGAUGAAGACAAGAAGUGUUUAUAUCGUAUCAUUGGGCUAGUCAACAACCUUGCAAUAGAUGACAACAAUAUAAAUGUGUUACGUAAUGCAGAUUUUCAAACAUCACUUACAAAAUAUAUAUCAGCUGAUGAUGAUCGUAUCAAUCUGGCUGCUCUUCUUGGCUUAGCUGCUAUUAUGUCCGAGGAUGAAAAUGCAAAUAUCAAGGCUUGUACUAACACUAUUACAAAUUUGAUAGAUGAACUUGAGGAAAGUCUCGACAGUGAUAUGCAUAGAUCACCAAGUGGAUGGAAAAGCAUUGAAUUGGGAUCGGGAAUUCUCAAACUAGCUAGAUUUGACGACAACAAAGCUCUAUUUGUGGAGAAAAACUGUUUGCCUAACCUGUUGAAGAUGGCCAAUUCUCAGAAUCCAAAUGAGCGGGAAGUUUCCUUCCGUUGUUUAUGGACACUUGCUUUCGACGAUGAUGUCAAAAAAAGAAUAGUUGAUGAGCCCAAACUAAUCGAUUUUCUUGAUAAAAAACGUCAAUCAUCUGACGGCGAAUUCAGUUUUGAAGAAAGAGUUUGCAAUAAUAUCCUAUGGACUCUGAGAUACACUCUUCUAGAAUCUGAGGACCAUCAAUCAAUUGGGAAAGAAAUGACUGGGGAUGAAAAUGAUGAUGAGGAUGACGAUGACGAAGAUGAAGAUGAGGAUGAGGAUGAAGAUGAGGAUGGAGAUGGAGAUGAGGAUGAAGAUGCAGAUGCUGAAGAUUUUGAAAUCGAUAUUAGUGAAGCUCUAGAAAAACAACAAACGGAAGAACAAAAAAAACUAACCGAAAAAGUGAAACAUUCAAAAGAACAUAUUGGUCACGUAAUGAUAAGCUACAACUGGGAUAAGCAAGAUUCGGCAAUAAAAAUACGAGACCAACUCAAGUUUAACAAUAUAAAGGUAUGGAUGGAUGUUGAUGAUAUGGAAGGGUCAACACUUGAAGCAAUGGCCAAAGCUGUUGAACAAGCUGAGAUUGUAAUCAUGUGUAUGUCUCGGAAAUACAAAAACAGCGAAAAUUGUAGAGCUGAGGCUGAAUAUGCUUUUACGAAAAAAAGAAGGAUUAUACCAAUACUGAUGGAAACUGACUACGAACCUGAUGGAUGGUUGGGUAUCAUUCGUGGAUCAAAACUGUGGUACGAUUUUAGUGAUGAACACUUGAUGAAUUCAAACAUGGGCCGAUUUUUAAAAGCGGUAAAAAAAAUCACUGAUGCAAAGUAAGAUGGUCUUGUAUUAAUAACACCACAAAUUUUUAUAAAGAUUAAUCAAAGCUAAUUUUAAUGCCAUUUUAUAUCUUUGGUCUUGUAUUAAUAACACCACGAAUUUUAUAAAGAUUCAUUAAAGCUAAUUUUAAUACCAUUGAAUGUCAUUUUAAAAUAAAGUUU